AUGCGCCCUUACACUCUCCUCGCCGGCGCCUGCGCAGCCUGCUUGAUCUACCUGGGCUCCGUCUCUGUCACCUUCGUUCCAGCAGCUGCAAACACAAAGGAUCUCGGGAACAGCCGCAGACCUGAGGGUACUCGCAAAGGUGCAGCAUCCUGGUGUGGAUCCGUUGGCGCUUUCCCACUCGCCAUUUCUGCUGUGGCUUUCGCAAGCUCCCGCGCCCAACGCAAGGCUAAAGGAGGCGAGACAGAGGCAGCGGCUGGAUCCAAAGCGGCAAAGACAACAGACAAAGAGAUCAGUGCAGCGAAGCCAGGUCUUAUGGGAGGAAGUCUUGGGAUGACCUGGGGCAUGUCCGGGGAGUUCGGGCCCUGGCCAGGGACCGUUGGUGCUACUAUGCCACUGGUCGAUCCCAGCAAGGGAAUGGAGCGCUGGGAUCCCCUCAACUUGUCAACAGGUGAUGAAGAGAAGUUCAACCGCUACAGGGGUGCAGAGUUGAAACAUGGUCGCGUGGCUAUGUUGGCAGUGGUCGGCCUCAUCGCCCAACACAGCUAUCGCUUCCCAUUCGUGUUGACAGGGGCUUUUGGGGAGCUGAAGGCAUCAUCUCUCACUGAUGUGCCCAGUGGUUUUGGUGCCAUCUUUACAAGUCCGUCUGCAGAAGCCUUCGGGAUCUUGUUUCUGAUUUCUGGCUGGUUCGAGACCGUCUUUUGGACUGACAAAGGCCGGGCACCUGGGGACUUUGGGGACCCCGCUGGAUUAAGGAAAAGGUCCAUCUUCGAGUACACGGAUUUCGAAGCCGUCCGCACACUCGAACUGGAACAUGGAAGGCUGGCUAUGGUGGGCUUCAUCGGAACCAUGGCAGGAGAGUAUGUCACUGGCUAUGAUGCUGUUGACCAAUGGACUCAUCUUACCGAAGCGCUCCGUGGGGCGGCACGAUGA